UGAAUGAUGAAUCAGGGCUGAUGCAGAAGGACUUUUUGAAAUAAUGCAAUUCACAGAACAAGUCUUGAUAGAAAUGUGGCGCGAGAACUACAAGAAGUAAUCAAAACACAUGGUGUCGUUUUUAUCGGGAAUUUUAAGUUGUAUAUAAAUCCUUGGAAGUAAAUCUUCCUUUUUAACAUGUCUUCAAGCAGUACAUCCAGUGUAUCAAAAAGAAAGGAUGAGUCGUCAAGUCAAUCCCGCUUGACAAACUAUUUCAAACCAAACCCUGAAGCUUCUGUUUUAAGAAAGAAUCUGGAAAGAAAUGGUUCUAGUUUCAAUGCCAAAGACAUUGGAUUUAAAAAGAGGAAAACUCAAGAAUCACCAACUAAAGUUGCCAGAAUCUCACCUGUGAAAAUAAGUCAUGGAGUGACAGCCAAUAGUUCUGUUGCAGCUGUUAAGAAAAGGAAGAGAGUCAUUCGUGAUUCUCCCAUCAAGGAAGAAACAUUGGUGAAGAAAAAUGAAGUGAUUGCAAUUGAUUUGGAUUCGUCUGACAGAGAUUCAAGUUUGGAAGAAGAAUUGGGUCUAUCACCCCUAAAGAAAUUAAUGUCACCAAGAGUUGCCAAAAGACCAGAUAAACUUCCAAGUUUUCUUACAGUAUCAACAAAUUUGCCUGACAUUUUAACAAAAAAAGCAGGUCUUGCUAUGCGCUCACCCAACAAGUCGUCGUCGGUUCGCGAAAAUAUCUCCUCGCAGAUUGCAUUCGAAGAAAAGAAGAACUUGAACAGAGGAAAACGUUCAGCAGUUCCCGAUGACAAUGUCGAUAUUAUUUGUUCCCCUGUCAAAAAAUUAAAACGUAGCCACUCUCAAGAAGAUCCUGCCAAAGGUGUGAAGGACAGAGUGCGAAGGAAACCUUCCAUCGUAUUACUUGGCAAUUCCACGUCAAACAGCGUCUCUAGCCAUAGCCAGAUGAAGGAUGAAAACAAAUCGAAAGUUAGUGACAUUUUCGCUGAAAAAUUGGAUUUUGAGGGGAAAAUCGAUGCUGCUAAAAAGACUAAACCGACAGCAACCCGAAAUAUUCCUGAAGCUUCCAUUUUGACAGAGAACAAUGCGUCUUCGUCUCGACAGCGUGUUACUAAAUCAAAGCGAUCUGCUGCUUCCCCUGAUUUAACUAAAAAGCAAAAGAAAAUUAAGGAGAAAGUAACUGAAACACCAGAAAAAUCUAUUCCUGAGAAGAGGUCGACAUCGAAAGAAUCAGCUGUCGCUGCGGUAAAUGUUGAUGAAGCUAUCAUAAAAACGAAAUCCCAAGCGGCCAAAGAAGCUGAAAUAUCAGAGAAGACUUCACGUCGCAUCGUACGUCGCAGUCAACACACAACAGAAGAGAACGGAGUGUCCAUUUCUUCCAAGAUUACAGUGGGACUCGAUGAGAUUCAAGCAGGAGCUGUAGUAGCUUUUAGAGAAACCUACAAGGACAUGGAAACUCUACUUGAUUUGAAUUUGGAUACGACAAUUUGCUCAGAUUUUCAAAAGGCUUUGCAGAUCUCAAUACGCAACUUGCCGAAUGAUUCCCACGUCAAUUUCAAAUUCUUCAUUAAUCGAAAACCUGUAAAUUACAUAGAUGCACUGCGUUCACUACACGUGGAUUGCUAUCAAUAUCCCCAUGCCGUAGACUUGCAUAUUGUCAUCCACCAGUUUUUGAUGAACGUGACGGAGCAUAGUGUGUUGUAUCGCGCUCUGGAAUUGAUUUAUGCGACUUUAGGUUUGCAUCCUUCAGGUGAUGUUGUAAUGAGGAAAUACUAUUGGUCAGUCAUAUCCCGACGUUUCGAUGACACUGACCCUUGCAGCCGCUGGGAAAUUUUGCGAGAAUUACUGGAGGAAGUGAUGAGCUCUGAUGGAGACGAUGCUAAGAAAAUGUACAUCAAUCCUAACAAACCGACGACACAGUUGGAGCGCACGAGAGCUGUUUUAGCCGUCUUCAUUCAAGUUUUAAAAGAAGAUUUACGUUGCUGGAUAAGUUUAACCUCAGAGCCAUUUGCACAAUUACAACGUGAUCGAAAUGACUUGCCGCUGUUGGCCCGGCUCCUUUGGCCACAGACUACUAUUCCUCAUGUUAAUGUGGUCUGUCGGGAGCUGAUGGAUUUCCACCUAGCAGCACUGAAAUCUAGCAAUCCAACAAAUCUCUUGUAUACCGAACCACUUGUGAAGAUGAUGACCAUAGUGACACAGAUGAGUGAUCUCCAGUUGCCGUUACAGAUCCGCAAGCCCGGCGUGCACAUGAUGAAUUUGGCGAGGGAAAUUGUGUUACGUUCGGACGAUUUAACAAACAGCUCGUUCUGCAGUAGUUUUGGUUCAUCUGAACUAGAGCUUCUGUUACCACUGGUCAUUCUGAACAGACUCAAACCUCAAAUACCCAUUCCAGAAGGGGAGAAUUUGAAUUUAACCUGGAUGUUGAACUCGUACCUGGAAAUAGAUGAGGUAAAGAAACGUGAAGACGUAGUGGCCCGUUUUCGGUCGCAGCCAGCAGUGGAGAGGAAUGCGUUUUUGGCAGCUCUUUCUGCGUACUUCAAACUGUUUGGUUCCUUCAGAACUUGGUUUCACAUGCGUACAAGGUACCGCUAUCCGAAUAGGCCUACUCCCGUUCAACAAUCCUCACCCGAACCACCUCCUGUUAAUAUGUUUUCACGUACCUUUACUUUGAGUCACUUAAUGGAAGAUCUUCGUCAGGCAAAGUAUUUGCUGGAAGUUGAUAAGGGAUUAGCUAAAAAAACCUCCUUGUACUCUUCGUUAAGUUGGCAAUAAUAUUUUUAUUCCUAAUGUUUCCAUUUUUGUUUGGCCUGUGCCCGUUCAAAAAUCCUCCCCCCGCCACUUUCUGUUGGUAUGUUUUCACGUACCUUUUACCUCGAGUCACUCAAUGGAAGAAGGUAAAUUGCCGGAAGUUGAUAAGGGAUACCAAGAAAAGCCUUCUUGUACUCUAUUAAGUUGGCAAUAAUAUUUUGAGUCCUUUAAUACGAAGUUUCCAUUUUAAAGUUUCAGUUUUUGUAUCUUACCGUACCAAAUUGUUGAUCAAAGAAUUUCGAAUCUGUUUUUGUCCAUAUAUGCGUUUCUUCUAACCAAGGUUUGUGAAAUACAUGCAGUUACUCAAA